AUAGGUUAGCGCAGGUGGUUGGUGGCAUUUUGUAUUGACAUAUUCUCACCUUCAUUUUCCUCAGAUCUUCAUAGCUGGAUAAGAUUAGCCUUAGAGAAUGGGUUGAAAAGGCCUUAAUCUUUAUUGAGUUCCCCAAGGAAGUUGUCUCUGGAAUAUUGCCAAAGCUCCCAAAAUUUGGAAGAAUGGUGACUGCACUUUGCUUCAGCAAUUUGUUCCCUAAGCCUGUUUGAGUUUCAAGUCUAUCCACAUUUCUAAUUUCUUUGUUGCCCUACCGUUUAUGUUAAUUAUGGUUCCCAUAUUUUUUGAGUUAGUGAUUGCAUCUCAAACUAUUCAAUGUGUUUAUAUUUAUGUGAUGCACCAACCUUGGUUGAUCACCAAUGUUGAUGGUUGUGAUCACUUGGAAUUAUUGUAUUUGCUAUCUAAUACAAUUACAGAAAGUAAGUUGCAUUCCCUUCUUUCAAAACUAACCCUCAUUGAGGAACUCUAUCUUUGUUGUCGUCAUGAUCAAAAGAAAACGGAUUUCAAAUCCAUGUCUCAAAACUCUGCACAUUUGUGGCAAUCUGUUUAGCCACCACCUUCAUAUCAUAGAAAUUGCAGCAGAGUCUGGCAAAAUUCAUCUGUAUGGCUGGUUUGAAAGCCUGUAGGAUUAAGGUGAUAGAUUGUUGUUGCAAUUUGAAAACCUUGGUUUUGUACUAUUUGGCCACAAAGAGAACUUUUCACAAUCUUAUCUCCAAAUUUUCUUUGCUUGAGAAUCUCUGGAUCUCUGGAUGGUUGACUGUCUCAAUUUAGAAAGGCUUAAGUUUCUGUAUCUUCGACCUAAGAGGCUGCAUGUUGCUAGAUGCUGUAAAUUGAAAGCUGUGAAGGUUGAUGGUAUCCAGUUAGCAUUUUUCAAUCCAAAAUAAUUAAUUAAUUCCUUUAAUCUUCUGAAACUUUUAUUGAAGCAGAGCCUAAGAAGAGGCUUCAUGCAAACACAGUGGUAAUUUUAGAAUAUAUAAAUGUUUUAUUUGAAGCACUGAUUUAAUUCAGCUGUUCCAGCUACUAAGCUUCUCUUGGUUUUAAGAUGAUACCUAGUUGAACAUGAUGCAGAUACGAGUUAACUCUGUCUAGUUUCUGUGAUGUAAGUAACGGUUUCUCUCUUGUAGGACUAGUCAUGAUCAAUAGAAGUUCAAUAAAUAAAAAACAAUAUGUUUGGAACACUUCUUUUUACGAUCCCCUCUAUGCGAUUGGUCGUGUUCUCUGAAUCAAAUAAUAAGUAAAUAUUUAUUGCCUAUAACAAUGGCUAAUUUCUUUAUUUGUAUCAUGUGCAUUAUUAUUUUUUAUUGAUAUCUUUUAAAUUUUUUAUUUUUAGUUAGAGAAUAAUAUAAAAAAUGUAAAUAAAGGAUUUGGCCUCAAUACAUAGAGUAUUGGAAGGAUCAUUGGGCAAAGGAAGAUGGUGUUGCCUGCGCUCCCUUCGACAGGAAACGACGAAAGUUGGAUGAUGUAAAUUGUAGAAUUAGAUGAGAUCAAAGAAAACAUGAGGCGUGGAAUCACACUUUUGGUUCAAGUGAUUUGUUCUCAAUUCUUAAUGCAUUUGGGUUAGUUGACUGGGUUUUAAAUCUUCCUAAUACAAGAAAACUUUCUUC